AUAUAGAUCUAUCUAGACGUUAUUUUGAUUUGGUUAGGUUGGUUAGGUUGAGUCGUUGAGUAGUUACAUAGUUUUAGUUUGUUUCGUAAAGUUUCUGAAAUGUCACAUGAAAGUGCAGUAAUAAUUUUUUAAAAGAAAAAAAAAAAGCAAAACAAACUAAAAAGAUUUAGGUAAACUGUAAACACACUUUCUGUCAGCUGGUUGUAAUUUACUUGAGAACGCUAAACUUCUAUAAUUUUUGUUCGGUAAUACCGUUAUCUAGAAUUACGACUAGAUCUUUAUAGAUCUAAUAAUGUUUAAUUUAUUUUGGCGUUUAUUUGACAUUGUGCUUUUAAUUUGGCGUGUUUUCGUUAUUGUGCUGAAGGACCUCUGUCAGUGGUUAGUUCCACCAAAACAGGAAACACUGCACGAUGCUGUUAUUCUGGUUACAGGUGGUGGUAAAGGCAUUGGGAGAAAGCUAGCAUUAUAUUUUGCAAAAUAUCACCCUAAGCACAUUAUCCUCUGGGGACGAACCAAAACAGCCCUUUCUCAGACUGCUAAAAAUGUACAAGAUCUAAAUGUUAAUUGCUCAUAUAUGAUUUGUGAUGUCACUUCAAGAGAACAAAUUUAUUCCUUGGCUAAAGAAGUGGAGGCUAAAUAUGGUCAAGUUACAAUGCUAAUCAAUAAUGCUGGAGUAGUUCAUGGAAACUCUAUUCUCAGCAGUGAUCCUGCUGAUAUUGAAAACACUUUCCGCACAAACACACUAGCUCAUUUUUGGACUGUUAGAGCUUUUCUGCCUGGAAUGAUCAACCACAACUGUGGUCAUAUUGUCACUGUGGGUUCCCUGUUGGGCCUGACAGCUCUAAAUGGUGCUGCCGACUACUGUAGCUCUAAGUAUGCACUUACUGGGUUCACAGAAAGUUUAAGAGAAGAAUUAAAGAGUAUGAAUUGUACAGGAAUAACUGUCACCUGCGUUUAUCCUUACCAUGUGGAUAAUGAUAUGUUUGCUGGCAUAACUACAAGAUUCCCUUCCAUUUUUCACCCUAUUAAUGAAGAUUACCUUGUUGGCAAGAUUGCCGAUGCUGUUUUGACAAAGAGAGAGAAAAUCAUUGUGCCCAAACUCAUGUACUUGUAUGCUCUAGCUAGCAGCAUCACCCCAGUUUCUGCUAUUUCAUCAAUCAUGAAGUUCACUGGAGUUCACAAGGCUAUGGAUCAAUUUCGUCAACAUCGUAAGAAACAGUAAUGUCUACAGUGAUCUCUGCUGACAGCAUUUAACUGUGUUCAUGACAUAUGUCAAUAUAACUGCAGACAAUUAUUUUUGUAACUUUUAUUUUUGUUUGUUAACCAGAUUUCUUAAAUCUCAGGGUUUUAUUAUUUUAAAUGUGUUAUUUACUUUUGUAAAUAUAUAUGUGCAAUUAUAAUAUUUAUUAUAAAUUUCUGCCAAAGUGUAUAUAUACAUCAAAUAUCAAAUGUAUUACUUUAAUUUGAAAUAAUUUGUUGUUUAGAAAUUGAUGCAUCCAUUUCCACUAUGACUUAAUCAAUAGUCACAACUAUCUUAUAAGUUAGUGGGAAAAAAUGUCAUCUUAGUCAUUACUUUUUUUUUUUAUUUCCACCUAGUCAUUUUAAGGCUUGCAACAUAGUUUGAUUACUCCAUGCAACUUUUUAAUAAUAAUAAUAAUAAUCUUAAUUGUCCGUAAGGAAAUUUGUCUUACAAUAUCUUUUGUAUAUCUUUUAGCUUUAAUAAAUGCCAAAUAGUAUUAGGAUUAGUUUAAGUAUUUAACUCUUCUUCACUUUUAAUCAUUAGUGUUACCCAUCUAACACAUUUAGAUCUGAAAUGUGGAUUUCACCUUCCUCCUACAUGGAAUAUCUACACUGAAUACUGAAUAUCUAUUAUAUAAAGCUGAAUGUUUGGCGUAUGUAUGUAUGUCCCCAUAUAGAAAUAAAAACCGCUUGACCAAUCUUGAGGUACCAACUUAAACCUUAGUGUAUGUAUUGUGGCCCUAAAACAAACUUAAGACCCUCAAAAAAAAAAAAAAAAAAAACUCUAUUACAGCUAUAGUAUUUUAUGGAUCUAGGCCAUGUUUACAAUGUUGACAUGAGAAAAGAUCGAAAGGAUUUAGAUCUAGAUCUAAUUUUAAGAAAUACACUUUGCGCAGAUAGUUUUUUUCCUAUACACAUGAAAAUACAAAAGAAGUUCCAUUGAUUUCAUUAUAUAAUAAAAUUAACCUUCAAAUUUGUGUUUCAAAACCAUUUUUUACAUACAUUAGUUCCUUAUAUCUGUGACUACAGAUUUCCUGACAAACAUUCUUUAAUUAGACAAUACCCUAAUGUUACACAUCUUUCCAUUUCUAGAUCUAAAACUCUAAGAUGAUAAAACUUCUCUUCCCACAGAUAGUUUUAUACUUUAAUACAUGAACAUACUAAUUAUCGUCCAUUCAUUUCAUAUUUUGAUCAAAUUAACAUUCAAAUUUGGUUUUCUAAAGUAUUUUUAAUACAUUCGUUUACAAAAGCUGCGAAGCCGUGUUGAGAUAGGCCUAUAUCUAUAUUCAUUCAUGAAUCGCGUACUAAAAAUUAUUUCGUUUAAUUGUUUACUUUAUUAUCCCAUUCAUUUAACAAAUCUGGUAAACACGUUUUUAAUUGUACUAUUUUUCUAUUGCUCUUUUAGUUUUUAAUAGAUAUGUAUGUAUCGGCUUUGGGUAAACCCAUUUUCGCACAACUAAUUUUAUUUUCGUAGCGAAAGAGAAAAAACUUGAAAGGAUCAUUAGCUAAGUUUAACAUACAUCUAAAUCCACUAGGUUAGUAAACACAAACUUAGACCUGCAGACUGCGGGUAAUGUCAAGCUAGUAUAUAUAUUUGUAUGUACGCAAAUGAUUUGUAUAAGAUAAUUUUAUUGUCCUAAAAAAUGAAAAUUCAGUUUGACUCCGAUUGUCCACCGCAGCAUAACUACUAUUAUAUUAAUAACAAUAUAGAUGCAAACAUGAAAAACAUUCACACACACUCAGUCAGUGCUUUAUUGAAUUAGGAUGCUAUGUACUUCUUGGUUACCUUGCAACCCUGGCUGAAAGUGGAAUAAAGUAGUUUUUAAAUCUUUCUUUUUAGCCUUAAUGGAGAGGAUAUGAUCUUUACAUCCAUAUUUGAUGUAACAGUGGUUUAAUGGGUGCAGAUUGUCUUUAAGAAUUGUGUGUGUUUUAAAUAGUCAUCUUUUGUGAAAACUUCUUUUAAGAGAUGGUAGCUGUAUUUGAGUGAUAUAUGAUGUUUUUUUUUAAAUAAGUCUUUAGUUGAUGUCUUUGUGAAGUAUUAUACCAUCACCAGCAGGUGAUGUCAAACGUAAUUAGACUGCUGAUGGUUGCUGUAUAAAAAAAGUUUAUUAUUAUUUUGUCGCUUUAAAAUUUUUUUAGCAUUCUAAGAUGAAAUUCGUCAUCAAUUUAAAAUCGAACAUUUAUAAUUAGAACGUGGUGAUUACAUCAUUGGUAAAAAGUGUUAAUUGUAGAAUGGCCACCUGCAAUAAGGCCAACAAUGGCUGUGUCGUGAGCAAAUAUAAUAAUGUAUGCUAUUGAAACUGUAAGGUAUGUUGUAUCCUAACAUUGUGAUGUUUUAUUUUCAAAAAUGAAUUUAUAAUAACAUAUUGGUUUAAAAUUAAACAUUUUUUUAUUUGAAUAAUUCUGAAUUUCCGAAACAUUGAAACAUUUCCUUCAUUGAUCUUUGAGAAGAACAGAUUUAGAAUCUUCAAAAUGUCUAAUGACCAUAACAUUUUGUUUUCCAUCUUGCUGUUUUUCUCAACUAUUCUCUUGUUCUUGUGUUGCACUUAUCUUUUAGUUUCUCCUUCAUUUCUGAAAACAUGAACAAUUGACUUUAAGAUGCCUCUCCAGCUUGAUAAAACUUUGUAAUUAAAUGUUGCAUUCCAAGUUGUUGUUUUUUUUUGUUUUUCUUUGCAAACAUUUUUUUAAACAAAAGUUUUAUUAUAAUUGAUUGAUACAAAGAAAAUGGAGCAAGACAAAUGAAGCAAUUAAAAAUGUUUCAACUGCAAAGAUGGCAAGAAAUUAUUUGACAUCUUCGGCUGUAUUUCAAUUUCCUUUUUCUAUCUUUACUUUCUAAAUAUAGAGAGAAAUUAUAAUUAUUUAAUUUUAACCCAGAUGAAUUGAAAUGUAAUAUAUUGAUAUUAAAUUCAAAUAUACUUUAUUUUUUAAAAAUAUUUAUUACAUAUGUAUACACAGUUUUUACAACGAUGAAACACUUGCACAGCAAAGAUUUUAUUUUAAAGUAAAUAUUUAUCUAACUCAUG